AUGCGUGCAUCCAAACCCCCACCCCCGCGAGCACCAGCACAGAGCGGUGUACCCGCCCGUGGCGCCCGUGCCCCCCGCAGCUCUGCAGGCUCAGCCCCCACGGCCGGGCUUCGGCUCCCGCCCGCACCAAAGGGCCGCAGGGGGUGCCCGGGGGAGCCGCGCCAGGCGCAGGGCAGGGAGGCCGCGGGGCCCGAGGCGCUCCCCACCCGCUGCCGUGGGCUCUCCUGCCCCCCGGCCCGGGCUGUUACACGCCGGGCAGCCCCCCUGUCCCGGAUAAAAGCCCAGAGGACGGGGAGAGCCUGACGGGGUCCGGGCGGUCGCAGCGGUGCCAUGGAGGCGGCCGAGGCCACGGCGAAGGCACUGCGGGCGCCCAAGUGCUCCCGCUGCCGCAACCACGGCUUCGUGGUGCCCGUCAAGGGCCACGCCGGGCACUGCCGCUGGAAGCUGUGCCUGUGCGAGAAGUGCUCGCUCAUCACCGAGCGGCAGAAGAUCAUGGCAGCCCAGAAGGCGCUGAGGCAGCAGGAGACGGAGCCGCCGGCCAGGGCGGGCGCGGAGCCCGUUCCGUCGGGCGAGGGCCGCGGGGCGGCAGCCCGGGAGGACGGGGCCCCCGAGCACUGCAGCCACGAGAGGAAGAAGGGCGCCCAGCCCGAGAGCGGCGGCAAGGGCACGGCAUGCUGGGCGCCACCGCCACCUCCCUUCAGGGACGACGGUCACCCUGCUUUUCCUCCAGAAUACACUGUGAACCCAGAAUACCUGGAGAGAGAAAUCCCAAAAGUGUACCCGGGGUGUUCUGGGGUAUAUCCCUACCACCCGUUUUCCCUGGGAUUUGCCAUCAAUGAGUCAAGCAGUGGGGAAGCUCCAUCACCUCCAGGGAUAUCACUUCAGAGAGGAUUCCGACACAUUCCUAGCAGCUAUGUGCCAGGGAAUGCAACCACUGUAUCAGUUCCAGAUGGAGCUGGAGAUUUCCCUCAAGGAUACUACACUCCUCUGCGUCAGUUCAUCCCACCAGGUUUCCUGACAGGGAUUCAUUACAUCCCAGCUCCGGUUUCACUGAACAUCCUGGCUGAAACAACCAAGGAAGUGCAUGCCACUGAAGCUGACAGUGAGGAUUCAGGGGUGGUUCAUGAAUGUGGCCAACCUCCUUCUUCCCCAGAAUAAACAAGAAGAGACCAAUCUGUAUACUCUACACAAUAAAUGGGCUGGAGAAGAGCUGAG